UGCUGGUUGGGAAGACUAAAGAGCUUUGGCUUUUGCUCCAGUCCACUAAUUUUUGUUUAAAGACAGUUUUUGGAACUUUAUGGACCAUAGAUACAUGAAGGAACGUGCUGAACUCUUAGCUGAUGGCAAGUUACAGGAAGGAUGAGAGAACUGUCCUGAGUUGUAGCAACAAGGAAGAAAAGCUAGUUUCUGAUUGGCAGAUGAUACCUGAGAGGCCUUGGAUCACGCCCACAACCCCGGAGGCAUGCAAGCACACACACAGGCCAGGGACGUUUAACUUUUUUCAGACCCGGCGGGUGGUGAGGUGCUUGCAGUCUGCAGCUGCGCUGAAAAACAUGGACAAGUCGAGUGAGCUGAAACUAUUCCUGGAGUCGUCGCUGAACUCGAUUUUCAAAGCGACCGUGAACGAAAUCCUGGACUCGGUGGAGCGGACACUGUCCGAGUAUCAGGGCGCGAUGCAGAGGAUUCAGUCUGAAAACGAGGGCCUGAAGCGGCUGCUGUUUGCACAAAAGAGUCCCGAGUCCGCUGACGGUGGAGAUUCAUGUGAACAAGAUGCCACUGAGCAGUUUACCGCCCCGGAAUGGCCCGAUCAACCCUCCAGCUCCUCCCAGGGAACAUUCAAGGUGUCCAUAUGCAGCAGCGACAAGAAGAGCUCCAGGAGGAAAACUAAAGGCAAGAUUAGGGAGAGUCCAGUCUCUGCUUCGUUUGACGUGCAGGCAGAUCAAACAGGUGAACAACCGUGUGCCAACACAUCCAACGAAAUCUCACUUCCUGUAAACCCACAGUCUAGCAUGAAUGAAAAUGGAGCCAUUGACCUGUCGCAGCCAGCGUUGUUUUUUGACAUGAUGAUGAAGUCCAUGCAGACUGAUGGAAACUUCAUUAAGACUGAAGAUGAGGAGACGGAGGCGCUGCCUGUUCCUGAUGGUUUGCCUCAACCACAGCUGAAGCAGGAGCCUGAUAUGGAUCCAGAGGAAGGCAGCUCACAGGAGGUGGAGCGGGAAGAAACGUCUAAUCACAGCGAUUCGGCGGCGGAUGAGUUUCUAGGAAAGGGUAGCAUCAUUUUUAGCUGUGCCGCCUGUCCGGAGACUUUUACAGACGAAACGUCGCUCAAUAUCCACCUCAAGACUCACAGCGGCGAGGAAACCCACGACUGCAGCAUCUGCGGAAGACGCUUCGGUCGGAUCAACCUCCUCAAAUCCCACAUGCGCUCCCACUCGGGAGGAAAAGCCUUCAUCUGCAACAUCUGCAACAAAGCAUACACGCACGCCCGGCAGCUCAAGAUCCACAAGAGCAGCCACACCGGAGAGAAGCCGUUCUCCUGCUCGUUCUGCAGGAAGCGUUUCAGCGCGCACAACCUGCUCAAAGCGCACAUGCGGACCCACACCGGAGAGAGGCCCUACGUGUGCCGGCAGUGCGGCAAAACCUUCAGCAACCCGGGGAACCUGUGCAUACACAGGAGGCUGCACACGGGCGAGAAGCCGUACUGCUGCGCCCACUGCGACAAACGGUUCAAAGUCCUGGGCGACCUGAAGAUCCACACCAGGACCCACACGGGAGAGAGGCCGUACAACUGCGAGAUCUGCAAGAAGACCUUCAGCCAGAUGAGCCACGUCACCAUCCACAUGAGGAUCCACACGGGAGAGAAGCCGUUCAGCUGCGCCUACUGCACCAAGAGCUUCAGUCGCUCGGGUCACCUGAAGAGACACGAGCUGCUGCACACCAAAGAGACACUGUUCCCCUGUGCCCAGUGCGGGAAGGCCUACACCGACAAGUCCUCGCUCAAAAAGCACAUGAAGUCGCACGCGUCCAAAGAGCUGAAGGAGCAGAGCGAGGUGAGCACCAGCGACGCUGCAACAACAACAAAGCUUGAACCUUAACCUGAACUGUUCCCAGACACCAUCAGAAUCCAAGUUGAGAUGAGGAAUCAAGUCUGAGUAUGAAAUAUGGCUAAAAUACACUUUCAUUCAGUUUGAAGUACUUAAAAUGGAUAUUUUUCAAAUACUGUAUUGUUUUUGUCAAAGUCUUGAAAUGGAGUAAGUGGUUGCUUCUGUCUUUUGUGUGUGUGUGUGUGUGUGUGUGUGUGUGUGUGUGUGUGUGUGUGUGUUCACAAAUUAGAUUUCUGGCUUCUGAAAACUUUCGGGUUUUAAUCUGUUUAAACUGGAUUAACUGGAAUAUUUGCCAUAUUUCAAUCUAAAACAGAGGUGGGCAACAGACUUUUCCGGAGGACCUUUUAUGAUUUAUUGAAAAUGAUUGUAGUCACAUUGGGCCCAAUCAUGUUUCCUGCAUCUAUCAUAUAGAAAAAAAAAUCACUUUCAUGCGUGACAUUUGUUGCGUCUUUGAUAAUUGUUGAUUGCUUUGUAAAUAUGCUCUUUCUGAUACAUGUCUAUGGUUUGAAAUCACCCCCCCCCCCCUUUCUGUUUUUACCACUAAGGACAGGUUUGUAGAACAUAUGACAUUCUUGAUUGGAAUAUAUUAACUCAUUCAGCAUAUUAUUAUACAGUUAUUUCCUGUGAACAGACACUAGGAACAGUUCAUUUAAUCAAUUCUUUGUUAGGGGGGCUGCAAUUCCUGGUAGGUGCAAACAUUAAAUUUAACUAUGCAAAGUUUAGGUCAAUGUAAUGAACAAGUUUCAAAGGUGGUCUUUAAUUAACCAUGCAGAGCAUUAAGAACAGAUUCUUAUUUACAAUGCUGAUCUGGCAAACAUUCAUUCAUUUCUUGUCAAUAUUCACUAAGUAACUAGUAGUUAUCAAUCAUUUUGUUCAAGGAUGUCAAAGACCAGAUGACAAACAUGGUACAGUGAUCACUUCUGGACCUUAGACUGUAUUUUGACCAUGUUUGCCUUAAAACCAGUGCUUAGAACAGACUGAGUGGGAUAGAGAAUAUUUUUAUUUGACAGUUUUUUUUUUCCUGUGUUAAGUGACCUAUCAUGGUUAAAGCUGUGUCACAUAAGAGCAAAUCUUGCACAACUCAGCCUCAAACUUGGAUAUUUUACAUUCAGAGCUUUAAACACAAUAAAAUGAAUGUUUUUUUUUUAAUUUAAAUAAUUAUAAACAAUUGUUUUAUCCAAUAACCACAAGUCAGUUAUUUGGUUUAAAGCAUCUUUUCCCAAACAUUUCAGCUUCUGACCUACAAAAUGUGAGCAGCAGAACCUUAUGACAGUUUGUCUUAGCCAAGAAACAAGAAUUAUGACAAAAACUGUCCUGGUAUAGUUGAAUUAUGGCAACACAUUUUAUUUUGUAUUAAUUAUUGCGAACAAAUGUAGUUUGCAAUUAUUUCUAAGUUAAAUUUGUUUUUGGCAAACAUCUCAAGACCUGUAACAUUUUUAUUUUUAUGACCCAUAAUUAGGGCUCUCAACCCCAACUUGGCCAACCACUGGUUUAAACAUUUACUUGUUUAAUUACCAGCUAAAGCUUGUAAGUUCCAAAGAAGCUACAAAAUGAACCUUGAUUGAAGAUUUAAUUCAGGCUGAAGUUUGGUCAUAAAGCUGUAGUUGUUCUAGUUCAAUGCACUGCUGCUGUUCCGUAGUUUCUAAGUGUUGGCACUGUUACAUGAAUUAUAACUUCAUUGGAAAGCUCUGCUGAUCAUGUUUCUUUGUGCACAAUAAAUCGGUACAGAUAACUGUUCUGUGGAUGGUUCUAGCACUAAAUUAUAAUGGUUGUAGUUGCAAAGACCAACACUUAUAUUCUGGCAUCAGGUAACUUGUUUUAACACCUAAUCAAAGUAGUUUAAGACAACCAAUAAAAAGCUGUAAAUAAUGACAGUGUAAGAUUAGCAGAUCCAUCAAAAUGCACAUAUCGAAUGCGCUUAGUGUUAGUGACAGUGUUGCUGUAAAUAUCCUGUAUCGAUCACAUGCGUUCAGAUUAAUGGCAGUUUCUGUAAGUACUGUGGAACUUUUUCAAGAUGUGAAGUUUAAUAGUAAUACCACAAAAUAUGGACAAUUUUUAUAUCAUUUUUUGAGACCUUACAUCUUCAGUUUGUCGUGGCAGCUGGUUGAUGUAUAUUCUGUAAUGUUUGCAAACGCAUGAAUUACAGUACAGUUAGUCUUUACUCAUAGACUUUGUGAUUUGAUGUGAACUGUGUCUGAAUUAAAGAAAUAUGUUAAUCCCAAAA